CUCGCCGAUACCGAGGAGGACGCCGGGGUAGUGAACCCCUCAUAUCAGGUUGUUAAAGAAGAACACCGGAUUGUCACGUUAAGCCACCGGGACAACGAAUACAGCCACUGACCAGGUAUAUGAAAGAGAACUUUGGAGGACGAAAGCCGGUACGUCCUGUUCAACUUUGAGCUGUCAGUUGCGGCAAGGCAGGUCGGGGGAUACGACUUCCAGCCGAGGAGGGGGGGACCACGAAGCGGCCCGGGUGCACAUCAGCCACCGAAGUCGGGGAGCGGGGAGCCGCGGAGCCGGGCAGCGGCGUGUCGGCCAGAGGAACUAUAGGGAAAGUUUGAAUCCGCGCAGAGGCAGAAUUGAUCACUGGGUGCCGGGUCAUCCGGACAGAGACCUCAUGAAUGGAAAUCGGAACAACAGGAGCCGUUGGAGCCCAAACCCUGUUUUCGUUGCCACGGAGACCUGGCUAUGGCACCAUUGGGAAGCCCAUCAAGCUUCUGGCCAACUGCUUCCAGGUGGAAAUCCCCAAAAUCGACGUCUACCUGUAUGAGGUGGACAUCAAACCCGAUAAGUGUCCCCGCAGAGUCAACAGGGAGGUGGUGGACUCCAUGGUUCAGCAUUUCAAGGUGACCAUCUUUGGUGACCGUCUGCCAGUUUAUGAUGGGAAGAAAAGCCUCUACACAGCUAACCCUCUUCCUGUCGCCACUGGUGGGGUCGAUCUGGAUGUCACCCUGCCAGGCGAAGGUGGGAAGGACCGGCCAUUUAAAGUCACUAUCAGAUUCGUGUCGUUGGUCAGCUGGCACAUGCUGCACGAAGUCUUGACCGGACGUGGUGUGCCCGAACCUCUGGACCUGGAGAAACCCCUCAGCACUAAUCCUGUUCACGCCGUGGACGUCGUCCUUCGACACCUUCCCUCCAUGAAGUACACCCCUGUCGGACGAUCUUUCUUCUCCUCCCCAGAGGGCUAUGACCACCCGUUAGGUGGAGGAAGAGAGGUUUGGUUUGGUUUCCAUCAGUCAGUACGGCCAGCCAUGUGGAAAAUGAUGCUCAAUAUUGAUGUGUCGGCCACAGCCUUUUAUAAAGCCCAGCCAGUCAUUCAGUUCAUGUGUGAAGUCCUGGACAUUCACAACAUUGACGAGCAGCCCCGCCCGCUCACUGACUCCCACAGGGUCAAGUUCACCAAAGAGAUCAAAGGUCUUAAAGUGGAAGUGACACACUGUGGAACCAUGCGUAGGAAGUACAGAGUCUGCAAUGUAACACGACGCCCUGCCAGCCUCCAGACGUUUCCGCUGCAGCUCGAGAAUGGUCAGACGGUCGAACGCACGGUGGCGCAGUACUUCAGAGAGAAGUACAAUCUGCAGCUGAAGUAUCCCCACCUGCCUUGUCUGCAGGUGGGCCAGGAACAGAAGCACACCUACCUGCCCCUGGAGGUGUGCAACAUUGUCGCCGGACAGCGCUGUAUUAAAAAACUGACAGAUAACCAGACGUCGACCAUGAUCAAAGCGACCGCUCGCUCUGCACCAGACAGACAGGAGGAGAUCAGCAGGCUGGUGCGGAGUGCAAAUUACGAGGCCGACCCGUUCGUCCAGGAGUUUCAGUUCCGUGUGCGAGACGAGAUGGCUCAGGUGACGGGCCGCGUCCUGCCGGCCCCCAUGCUGCAGUAUGGCGGCAGGGUGAGCUCUGAACCAUUUAUGCCCCAGCAGAUCAACCCUGCACUGUCGUUGCAGAACCGCACGGUGGCCACACCCAGCCAUGGGGUGUGGGACAUGAGAGGGAAACAGUUCCACACCGGAGUGGAGAUCAAGAUGUGGGCUAUCGCCUGCUUUGCCACCCAGAGGCAGUGCAGAGAAGAGAUCCUGAAGAGCUUCACUGACCAGCUGCGUAAAAUCUCAAAGGACGCUGGUAUGCCGAUCCAAGGCCAGCCAUGCUUCUGUAAAUAUGCCCAGGGAGCUGACAGUGUGGAGCCAAUGUUCAGACACCUGAAAAACACCUACGCCGGGCUGCAGCUCAUCAUUGUAAUCCUGCCUGGGAAAACACCUGUCUAUGCUGAAGUGAAGCGGGUGGGUGACACCCUCCUCGGCAUGGCCACCCAGUGUGUCCAGGUGAAGAACGUAGUGAAGACGUCCCCUCAGACCCUCUCCAACCUCUGCCUCAAGAUCAACGUCAAACUGGGAGGAAUCAACAACAUCCUGGUCCCACACCAACGGCCCUCUGUGUUCCAGCAGCCUGUCAUCUUCCUUGGGGCUGAUGUCACUCACCCUCCAGCAGGGGAUGGGAAAAAACCAUCGAUUGCAGCAGUGGUGGGCAGUAUGGACGCCCACCCCAGCAGGUACUGUGCUACAGUGCGGGUCCAGAGGCCCAGACAGGAGGUUAUACAGGACUUGGCCUCUAUGGUGCGAGAACUCUUGAUCCAGUUCUACAAAUCAACCCGCUACAAGCCAACCAGGAUCAUCUUCUACAGGGACGGAGUGUCAGAGGGCCAGUUCAGACAGGUGCUAUACUAUGAGCUACUGGCCAUCAGGGAGGCUUGCAUCAGUCUAGAGAAAGAGUACCAGCCUGGAAUUACGUACAUCGUGGUACAGAAACGCCAUCACACACGCCUCUUCUGCGCAGAUCGCAACGAGCGGGUUGGACGAAGUGGAAACAUUCCUGCUGGUACCACAGUGGACACAGACAUCACCCACCCCUACGAGUUUGACUUUUACCUCUGCAGUCAUGCUGGGAUCCAGGGUACGAGUCGGCCUUCCCACUACCACGUUCUGUGGGACGACAACUGUUUCACCGCCGAUGAAUUCCAGCUCCUCACAUACCAGCUGUGCCACACCUAUGUCCGCUGCACACGGUCCGUCUCCAUCCCAGCACCUGCCUACUACGCCCACCUGGUGGCCUUUCGCGCCCGCUACCACCUGGUCGACAAAGAGCACGACAGUGCGGAGGGCAGCCACGUCUCAGGUCAGAGUAACGGCAGGGACCCCCAGGCUCUGGCCAAGGCUGUUCAGAUCCACCAUGACACAUUGAGGACCAUGUACUUUGCCUGAAAUCCCCCUCUCCCAGCCUCUCCAUCAGUCUUAGGGUGUGACUCCAUGCUGGUGCAGCUUUGGUCACUGGAACGCGAUAGCGACGGCGGCAGCUAUUUCAGGCUGUGUAAGGAUGAUAGAAGCCAGAGAGGAGUUACAGCCACAUUAUGCAAUUUGAAGCCAGCCAGUUGUUUCUGAGGUCCUACCCAUGCAUCACUUUUUCCUCCGCAUCUCUUCUGCUGUAUUUAAAUCACGAUGAAUUCUCUCUUUUUUUUUUAAAGUUCGCUUCCAGAUUUGACAGCAGCUCAAACUUUUAUUUUGCUGGGUUUUUUUUGUCUGUAAAUAAUGGCAGAGCAGGCGAGAAUAUAUAAACUGAUGAUUUGUUGGUGCAUGGGUGGGAAUGAAGCAGAACCAGUGAGGACCUGACUUGCUCCUUAGCCUCAUGUUGAGCCUAAUGUUGCUGGUUUAUAUUGUAGACGGUUUUACAUGUUUGUUUGUUUGUUUUCAGCUUUCUAGAUAGCUCUGUGUGUUGUUUGUCUGUUGAGCAAAUGUGCGAUUGCCAUGGCAACAUGUUAGUCGAGUACACUCAAAAAGCUUUGCCCUUUUUUGUGAAACGGCGGACUGCCUUCGUGGUUACUCUUCUGUCUCCCUUUAAGCCAGUGGUUCCUCACAGUCCUUCAGCCAGACAGUAAGUCUGCACUCUACCAACACAGACACUGAAUGAAAUCUUAACUUUUUUUUUUUUUUUUUAAGAAAAGCCACGUACAGCCAGUCUUUGAGGCAUUGUGUAUCGCUUGUUGCCUUACUGCGAGGUGAGGUGCAUAAAGAGGACUGUUAGAAAACAAUGCCACGGCCAUGAAAUGGACGAUUUUUAACCGCUCUAAAUCGUAGUUCAGCUUGGUACAGUGUGUUAUACCAAACGUUUCUUGUGUGUUUUAUUCCUCUUGCUAUUUAUGAGUUGUAGUUUCUUUUUUUGUUUGUUUUUUUUUUUUUAACUUUUAAAUUAACAUUCAUUUUCCGUGAUAGAACAGAACGGACAGGUUAUAUCUUCUGAUGACCACAAACUUUCCCCCCCCCCCCCCCCCCCCCCAAGUUUUUUCAGUUUUUACAUAAGAAACUGACCGGUUCAGUUGUCAAGAACUCCUUCAGUGCAAUAAGGUGUUAAUGCAGAGAGCAGGUUCGGUGCCGAAUGUUUUUGGACAAGUAUUCGUGUGCUAAAACGGUUUGUUGUGAGUCAGUUUUGGCAAGUGACAAUGAACUUGGAUUCAGGAAUGUACAGUAUUUGACAUUCUCAUGAGCAAGUAGGAUCAGUGUGGAUCAGUCGUGAGGUCUAAUGGUGUGUUUGGUGAGAGUAAACUAAGUGCCUAGGAUGGAAGGAUUUUAAUCGUAUGUUGGUUUGAGUGCCUCUGUUAACACGUUUAGUGGGUUUCAGAAUUCCAGCAAAUGUUAAAAAUACUGCACUGCCCAACGCUUGGGCCUGGACAGCACAGAGGAUUGUUGCUGAUCUGAGCACAGGCCAAAUGUGUGUGAUCAUUUUUAAUGUUUUCUCACGAUCGGGAUUUAAUUAUCUUCUAAUUUCAACACGUUUACAGCAUCACCAUACAUAACACAAAGCUUACAUUGAUAAUGACGUUUUACAAACUGUUUUCUCCUGUUAUCACAACAUAAUUCAUCAUCGUAGAAGAAAAACAAAUAUUGGUCAUGAGAGAAAAAUAAAUCACUCCUUAUCACAAAAUGAUUUUAAGAAAACUGUAAACUGUUUUCUUAUAACAAGAUCCAAUAAUGAAAAAUCAUAUUUACACAGGUUUCAUCGUUCCCUUAGACUUUCUCGUUUAAAUCUCAUUGACUUGUACACUUCUAAUACAAUUUCUCUCUGAAUAGCCGCUCGCAUCUCUGAUUUGUCCAAACAGAAAUAAGUUAAAAUUACAUUUGAGUACAUUAUCAGGCUUAAAAUUUCUCAUGAUGAAGUUGCUUGGUUUUUUUUUUUUCGUGACCAAGAGAAAACAAAACAUAUAUAAUCACACACGUGAAUGAAUUUCUGAGGAGGCUUGCUUUGUUGUUUGUAGAGCUGCAACGAAUAGUCCCUAAAUCAGUUAGCCGAUUGGAACAAAAUUCAUCAGGAACUAUUUUGAUAAUCGUUUAAUAUUUUCAGGCAUUUCUCAAGCAAAAUGUCAAAAAAUCUGCUCAUUCCAGAUUCUCAAAUGUGACUAUUUUCCUGGUUUGUUUUUUUUUUUUUUUUUUUUUUUUUGGUCAGUGAAAUAUCUUUGGGUUUUCACUGUCAGACGAGACAUCUGAUGACGUCACUUUUGGCUCUGGGAAACUGUGAUCGGCAUUUUGGCUUCAGUUUUGUAGACUAAAGGAUUAAUUGAUAAUGAAAACAAUCAUUAGUUGUAGCACUGCUCGGUUGUGUUUGUGUUCAGAGGGGUUCUGAGCUGGGUGUCACUACUAAUGUUUCAGCACCAAAUCUGGUUCCAGUGCUUGAAUUUAACACAGUUCCAAGACAAUUUUUCUAAAUACAUCUUUGUAUUUUGGGAUUAAACAACGUCAUUAUGCAAUAAGGAACAGAUUCAAUUCAAUACGGUGCUGUUAAAGUUACUUGUAAGAAUCCAGUUUUGAAGUUUGUUAAGAUCUUUCGGUCAUUGUUGCCAGAAUUUUAGAAACAGUGCUGCUGCUUUUGGAUGCUCAGCCCCGGAGGUUGUUAUCUUUCAUGACCUUGUAGUGUAGUUUAAUACAGACGAAGCCUUCAUUUUUCAUCACUUGGACCAAACCAACGUGCCUGGUCAGGGUGAGGGUGGAGGACUUGGGGUGGUGGUCAUGGUGUCAAUACUCUUACAGCCUUUAUAGCGUCGGGCUAAAAGGCUCUGUACUGCUAACUGUGCUAGCCACAUGUCACCAGAACCAAACUUUAGCUGCUAUAAGAGAACAUUUAUUUAAUAUCUCAUCAGAUACAUAUAGAUUGAAUUUAUUAAUACAGAGAGAGACUAAGAGGAUAUGGUAUUUUGCUGCACUUAAAAAGAUGCAUGUGUUUAUGGUUGAGUCAAGAUGCUGAGGUUGAGCUUGAUUAGAUAUUCUUUCUCUCCAGCUCUUUAAAUGUUUGGAGCUGCCUACGAUUAAAGCAUUUUUAAUUAUGAAGACAUCAGAACAGAUUUUUUCCCCCUCUGUGUUUGUUGUCAUGUUGGAGCUGUUUCUUAAUGUCAGACAUUACCAGCAUUUGAUUUUACUUGAAGAAUAGUUAUAGUAGAUGUUGGCAUGUUUAACAUUGUUGGCUUAGUGCUCUGCUUGUUUUUGAAAGUUUAUGUAUAUAGAGCCUUAUUAUGGAAAUCCCUUUUCCUCUCAUGAUGCCACUUACAGUAAAUCGACCUCGCGAGCCCGUAGGCAGGGCUACAGAUGCCUUCUUCCUGAAAAUUAAAAGCAUUUUUAAGUCUGAAUGGAGAUAUAUUUAUAUUUAAAGAUACUAAUGUAAUGCACACACCACUUAUUUUUUCUAACAAAGUCCUAUUUGGAGCAGAAGUGUGAUAGCUCUAUUGAAAUAUGGCGUUUAAUUAUCAUAGUGAUCUGUGAUCCAAAUUUGAUAAUGCAAUACUCGUGUGAAAAGUAAAACUGACACGUUUUUGCUGCAUCGACCUGCUUUGUGGAGACUGUUCGGGGUUGUUUUGUCUCCUGGAUGAACCAUCAACCCUCCUCGGCAAAGACGACCUGAGAAGGCCUCCCUCUACUUUAACAUUUUAUCAUCUCAGAAGCUCAUCAAAGGAGUUAAAUAUGUUUCUCAAUGCACGUGCUGCAAAUCGCAUCAACAUUUCUUUCUAUUGCAUAUUCAUGAAAAGAUGAGGAGGGUUGAAAGUUCAUCCUUGGACCGAUUUUGUCCGUUAACAGACUGUGCCUUUCCUGAUGGUGCUGAAAAACAACAACAAGUAAAUCAAAGAAAUCUUGACAUUCAGAAAGGGCGCCGAGCCCUGAGUCUACAUUAAUAAGUAUAUAUUGAUACAUGACAAUACUGUAAGGUGUGAUUGUGUGUGUGUGUGUGUAUUUGUGUGUGAGUGUGUGUGUGUGUGUGUGUGUGUGUGUGUGUGUGUGUGUGUGUGGAUACCUCUGACAUAUGCCAAGAACACAAAAUAUGCAGAACUGAUCAGUUUGGAGCCGACAGGACCAAAAGGCCUGUGGGGAUCAGUUUUAGUGGACGGGCACUUUCAAGCACAACCCAAAAAUUUACUUUUCUGAAUAAAAAAAAAAAAUAAUAAUACUAGGGGAACACUCAUGACUCUGUAGGGAAGGAGAAGCUCAAUGUAGACAUUAUGUAG